CUAGAUAUGGAAUUCCCAAAUUCUUAAACAAAAACCCUAACCCUAGCCCCACCCCCAAUUUAUCCUUUCAGAUCUUUCAUACAAACCCAAUUUUUUUUAAUUCGAUUCAGUCUCUUAUUUUGCCAGAGGCCAAGCAAUCAAAGCCCUUAAAUUGCCUCCUUUAAUCAUCUACACCCUAAAGAAUUUGUAAGCUCUCUUCCUCUUUUUUCCCCCUUUUCCCCGUAAAUCAUCUUUCGUUUGGACACGAUUAAUAUGAAGUUUUCAAUCUUAUCGGUAUUAGAAGAUUGUAUGGCGAGAAGUAGUUGAGAAUUAGGGACGAAACAAGUAGAGAAAGGUAAAGAACACAGUAUUUUAGCAAUAUUUGUAUAUACAUCAUAUACAGGGGCAAAUUUUUUUAUGAUCAUUAUAUAUAGAGAGGGGAGGGUGUAGUAGGAAGACAUGGGGAGCUCGGAAACAGAAGAAGGAAUACUUGAUUGUGGUGCUGGGUGCAUUGUUUGGGUCCGGAGGCGAAAUGGGUCAUGGUGGCCAGGUAAAAUUCUCGGUCCAGAUGAGCUUUCAACUUCACAUGUGAUGACACCACGAUCUGGAACUGCAGUGAAGCUUCUCGGAAGGGAUGAUGCUAGUGUGGAUUGGUACAAUUUGGAGAAGUCAAAGCGUGUGAAGGCUUUCAGAUGUGGUGAGUUUGAUGACUGUAUUGAACGAGCUGAGGCUUCUCUAGGCAUGCCUCCAAAGAAAAGAGAGAAAUACGCACGUCGUGAAGAUGCAAUAAUUCAUGCUCUUGAACUUGAGAGGCAACUGGCAGGGGGCAAAAAUGGGAAAACAAGUUAUUCAUGUAAUGAUAAAAAAUCACCAGAUGACAAUGUAAGAAGAGAUGUAGUGACAUCCCCAGAAUGCUUCGAAUAUCAAAAUCAAGAACAGUUAUCCCUGAAAUCUCAUAAAGCUUCUGAGAGUUCUGGUCUCCAGCUUAAGGAUGAAAAUGGAGUCUCCACUCUGUGUGGAGAUGUAGGCCCAAAGGGAAACCAACUUAGUGGGGAUAAUUAUUCCAUUUUACCUCCUAGAAAGAGAGGUUUGCAUGACUUUGGCCUUAGCACAGCCCCUUCAGAGCAUAAGCCUCCAGUUGAUUCAAGUGGCACUAACAAACCUUUCACUGAGAGCACUGCUCUUCCUGACGAGAGUCCAAACAAAGUAGGCCUCAUUAAUGCAAACAAAGAGAGUUUAUUAGAUGAGAAAGCUGUUUCCAAGAAGCGUGAUAGACACCAUCUUGUUCAAGUAUCAAAGAGUACUGAAAAGUUGCCAGUUUCUUAUCCUCAGCCUGAUAGGAGUAAUGUUUUAACCUCUGUAUCAGGAGAAGAGCAGUUUGGAGUUGUGUGCCAUGCAAAGAAAGGAAGGUAUACUUAUGGAGCAGAUGACUCCAGAGAUGGUUUUAAUGGUAAGAUAAAUCUUCCCACUGAAACAGAUAUCUCAACUUCAAAAUUGGAAGGAAGCGACUAUCCUCACCCAGAUGAGUCAUGUGAAGAGAAAACUUCUGAAUCUACAGAAUGUACUGAAACUGAUUCUUGCAGGAGUGACUCUCAGGAAUCAGAUUCAGAUGAUGAUAUAGCAACACUUGCAGAAGGUGCCGCAUCUAUAGAAUUAAGACCUAAAUAUUUGGGAAGAUCUGAAGCACAUGCUGACCAUGGAAGCACAAGCAGUGAAGAUUCUGAUGACUUUUCAGGAGCAGAUUCUCAUCCUUAUCUUAACAAUACUGUAUCUGCAAGUGUUGGGGUGUCAAAGUGGCUACUCAAAGGGAAAAGGAAUAACCGAGGUGUUGUUAAAAGAUCUCUGGACACAUACGAGGAAUAUCAUUUAAAAAGACCCAGUUAUAUGACCAAUCCUGUGGAAAAGAGAAGUUAUGGUGGUACUGAAGCUAAUUCAUUGAUGAAAUCUAGGGCAAAGAUGGCUGGAUAUGGAUCUAGAGUUGCAGGUACCUGGAAUGCUGUCAAUUUGGGGGACUUAUCUUGGAAUGAUCAGCAUACUAAAGGAGAUUGGGCAAACUCUGGAGAGUACCUUGAUCCUUUGUAUAACUCUCACCAUCUUGGUGGGCCAAGAAUGCUGAUAGAUGUGGAUUUGAAAGUCCAAGCUGGUUACAAGAGACAGCCUGUACCUUUGAUUUCAUUAACAAGUAAGAAAAGUGGGCAGGCAAUAGUAGGGCACCCUGUCAAAAUUGAAGUCCUUGAAAAUGGCGCUUUUGAGAGCCUUUAUGGUGCAGUUGAUGAUAUAUGCCCAGAAACAUUAGAUGAUGCAUCACACCAACCCAUGUGGAGGACUGCUCGUAGGACAGCUGGUGCCCGAGUUCCACGUCCUCAUCUAUCAUCAAUAGAGCGCGACAGAAAUGUUAGUAAAGCUAGUUCAACAGGUUUUGGUCAAAAGGCAAGUCCAGUGAGGAAGAGCACCUCCCAACCUCCACUUGAGAAGGCGUUCUCCAAAAGGCCACAUAGAAAUGGAACCAUGUCUUCUAAUCAGAAGAUAAGAACGCUUUCAUCAAUUGCCUCGCAACAGAAACAAAGCAGUGAUAUGAAGCGUAGCUUCAACAGUUUCCAAGUGAAUGGGCUACUCAAACAAGAGAGUAUGCCCACAGUAGCGUGUAUUCCGGUGAAGCUAGUGUUCAGCAGAUUAAAUGAGGAGUUGGUGGGACGUCAUCCAUAGAAACAAGCCUGGUCUGGAGUAAGACAAUACACAAGUAACUAGUAAUACUAACUUGUAAUGUGCAAACAAUAAUAUCAUGUCUGAUAAUGCAUCCAUGACCCAUCUAUUGUUGGGUCUUUGUUGUCCAAUAUCUGUAUUUAGGCAAAUUAUUGCAUGGACCAUGGCACACACAACUGUGUGGACCAAAAAUAAAAAGUACAUUAUUUUUGUA